AUGCCACUAGGAAAUCCCCCAAACCCCUCCGACAUCCCUCCCAAGGACCGGAGCAAAUACCGGUUCAUUCAAGACUGUGGCUUUGAAAAUUUCCGGGACUUCAUGCUCUCAUAUGGCUUGAGACUCGAGGAUGACGAUGAUGUAAAGGAAGCAAACGCUAUUCUCGAUAGUCUUUGCACCAUUGCCCAAGAGGAAUGGGAGGAUGAACGUCGGACCUACACCCGGUGA